UGUCUUUUUCAUUCUUUACUUUCCAGCCUGAGACACGAGAUUGAAAAUGACAGCUCAGAACAUUCCUGCAGAAGAACUAUCCUGUGACAUGGAGGUGGAAGGAUUUACGAGGGAGGGUCCUCAUUUCUCCAUUCUAGGUGAAAGUUGGGACUGUGAGAACCAAGAGGGUCAUUUGAGGCAAUCAGCUGUAACUCAGGAGGAACCAGGAGCUCAGGAAGCAGUUCGUGAAUAUCCUGGGUUUGGGGAGCAUUUGAGUGUGAGCCCAGACCUUCCACAACAUCAGAGAGUUUCUGCAGCAAAUGGUUUCCAUGUACACAGCUCAGAUGUUAAAAGUCUAAAUUGUGACCCAGCUUUACACAGUUGUCAGAAAAGCUGUAUAGCUAAGAGAACAGGUAACAGUGACACUUGUGGGAAAGCCUUCAACCAUCCCAUGGAAGUUUUUCAGUUUGGAAGAACUCAAACUAGAGAGAAACCCUAUAAACAUGUUGAAAGUGUGAAGCCUUUUAACCAUUUUGCCUCUCUUGGUGAGCAAAAAAUAAUGAAAAGAGGUAAGAAACUGUAUGAGGGUAAGGACUUUGGGGACAUCUUUGCCCUGAGUUCAUCUCUUACUGAAAACAGGAGGAGCGGCCCUGGAGAGAAGCUGUAUAAAUGUGCUGAAUGUGGCAAGUGCUUCAAACGGAACUCUUCUCUUGUUUUGCAUCACCGAACUCACACUGGAGAGAAACCUUAUACCUGUAGUGAGUGUGGAAAAUCCUUCUCCAAGAACUACAACCUGAUUGUACAUCAAAGAAUCCAUACAGGAGAGAAGCCCUAUAAAUGCAGUAAAUGUGGGAAAGCCUUCAGCGAUGGGUCAGCUCUGACGCAACACCAGAGAAUUCACACUGGGGAGAAACCUUACGAAUGCUUAGAAUGUGGAAAAACCUUCAACCGAAAUUCAUCCCUGAUUCUGCAUCAAAGGACUCAUACAGGGGAGAAACCGUAUAGAUGUAAUGAGUGUGGGAAACCUUUCACCGACAUCUCUCACCUCACCGUGCAUCUCAGGAUCCACACUGGGGAGAAGCCCUACGAAUGCAGCAGGUGCGGAAAGGCCUUCCGAGACGGCUCUUACCUCACUCAGCAUGAGAGGACGCACACUGGAGAGAAGCCCUUCGAAUGUGUGGAAUGCGGGAAAUCCUUCAACCGGAACUCUCACCUCAUCGUGCAUCAAAAAAUCCAUUCUGGGGAGAAACCCUAUGAGUGUAAUGAAUGUGGGAAAACUUUCAUUGAGAGUGCUUACCUCAUCAGGCACCAGAGGAUCCAUACUGGCGAGAAGCCCUAUGGCUGUGACCAGUGUCAGAAGCUUUUCAGGAACAUUGCCGGCCUCAUCCGUCACCAGAGGACUCAUACUGGCGAGAAGCCCUAUGAGUGUAGUCAGUGUGGCAAAGCUUUCAGGGACAGCUCCUGUCUGACCAAGCACCAGAGAAUUCACACUAAGGAGACCCCAUACCAGUGUCCAGAAUGUGGAAAGUCCUUCAAGCAGAACUCUCACCUGGCAGUGCAUCAGAGACUCCACAGCAGGGAGGGUCCCAGCCAUUGUCCUCAGUGUGGGAAAGCAUUCAGAAGGAGCUCUUCCCUCAUCCGGCACCAAAGAUCACACCCGGGAGAACAGCCUGUGGACACUUCAUGAACUUGGGCCACACUUGUCUUCCAACUUGCUGUCAAAAACCUGUGUGAAGGAGCAGCGUCUUCAGGGCUGGCUCCUCCCUGUCAGUGGAAAAGACUGCUUUGAGCUAUCCAGUGCAUCGGUGGAUAUGAAACAGUCCU